UACUUCUCCCCCCCGGCCCUAUAUAUGCAAAGCGAACUCUUCUUCUACGGCCACACCGGCACCACACGGACUGCUGCUCUCUGCUCUGCCCUCCAUUGCUGCAACUGCUGCUCUGAGCUGCUGAGCAGCACCGUGCUACCGUGAGCUCGAUCAGUUCCGAAGAUGAUCAAGCUGAGGUACCCCAAGAAGCUGUUCAGGAGGAGCUCCUCCAAGGGCAGCACUACCAGCAGCAGCAGCGACGGCGAUGCCGGCAGCGUCCGCGGCGGCGGGGAGAUCGAGUGGGAGGUUCGGCCGGGCGGCAUGCUGGUGCAGAAGAGGGACUGCAGGGCGGACGUGGAGGUCAUCACCGUCAGGGUCGCCACCGGCUUCUCCUGGCACGACGUCUCCGUUGUGGCUACCUGCACUUUUGGUGAGCUGAAGGUGGUGCUGUCCAUGGUGACAGGGCUGGAGCCUCGGGAGCAGAGGCUGCUGUUCAGGGGCAAGGAGAGGGAGGACAGCGACCACCUCCACAUGAUCGGGGUGAGGGACAUGGACAAGGUGCUGCUCCUCGAGGACCCUGCCCUCAAGGACAUGAAGCUCCGGGCCGGACUCACAGCCCAGGCCGUGCAGAGCCCGUAUCAGACUUUUAUCAAGGUGUAGGCCUGCCCAGCUCGGCUUGGCCCGCCGCCGCCCUAACUGAUAGAGUAAACCAGUGUCAUUCGGCUGCUGUGCUCUUGGUUGGUGAUUGUCUGCUGCUAAUCAGUGCUUAGUACCACUCCAUGUAUGGUAUGGGCAAAGGAAACGGCCCCCUUUCAUGUGAGAGUUAGAGUACCACUGCUUGUUAGUUGUGUGUUUUCUCAUUUGUAGGUAGAAAUGCACUUGUAAUGCUGAGUGUGGCUGUCAUCAUAUAUGCAUGCUGAGUCUUUGCUGUCAAGAAAAUGCAAACUUAGAUGACGCAGGCAUACUGGCCUAGCAAGUUCCACACACAGUUUCGACUCUGAAGGGCCUCCAGAGCUCCAACUGAUGAUGAUUUAGAGACAGACAUUCCUCCUUUUCGGGCGAUGCCUCUUAUUUCAA